UCAUCUUCCUUGCUACAGGCCUGAGACAAUUUUUUUGAAGAAAAUUGUAGAUACCAUUUACACUAAGCUUGAUCGCAAACAAGUUCAUCUUCCACCCAAUCUAAUUGGAAUGGAUGCUCGAGUUAAAGAGAUCAAUUCAUGGUUAAAUCAACCGGAUAGUGGGUUUUUGGUAAUUUGUGGCAUGGGAGGAAGCGGCAAGACAACUCUGGCCCGAUACAUUGUUUAUUCAAAUUGGCAAAAUUUUGAUAACAUAAGUAUAGUUUAAGUUUGAAGAGGCCUUACGAACAAACAAGGCACUUAUUGUUCUUGAUGACAUUGUUGAACAAAGCCAAUUGUCUGCUUUCCUGGGUAGCGGGAAUAUAAAUAAACAAAGCAAGAUUGUAAUAACAACUAGGGAAACUAAUACAUUCAAAUGGUUUGAGUUCCGAUCUUGGAGGUGUCAGGAGUACAAAAUGGAAUUACUAGAUGAUGAUGAAUCAUUAGAGCAGUUAAGUCUUCAUGCCUUUAGAUCCAAAGUUGUGAUGGAAGGAUAUGAGGAGCUUGCAAAAAAGGUAUUAAAGUAUUGUGAAGGUAAUCCACUAGCUCUUGAAGUGUUGGGUUCCUCUUUACAAGAAGAUAAUAGCAUCCGAUCUUGGAAAACUGCACUAAAUAUGUUGGGUAAAGCUAUGCACCCUGGAAUUCAUCGUGUACUCAUAAGGAGCUACAAUUUGUUACCAUAUUACAUUGAUAGAGAGCUGUUUUUGCAUAUUGCUUGUUUCUUUAUUGGCGAAGACAUGGAUUAUGUGGUAAAAAUAUUGGAGCAUGAUUACUUGGCAAUGUCUAGGAUCAAGACAUUAACUAAGAGAUGCCUUCUUUCUAUUUCACCAAACAAAAAACUGUUGAUGCAUUCAUUACUUCAAGAAAUGGGGAGAACAAUAGUCCAUCAAGAAUCACCCAAAGAUCCUGCAAAACGAGUAGAUCCUGCAAAACGUAAUAGAGUCUGGUGCAAUAAGGGUUCAAAUACCAUGGAAGGUCUAGCACUUGACAUGAAGAUAUUGAGGGAAGGCAAGUAUGCAUACAAGGAGUCAACUUUUCGGACAGAUGCACUUAAAAAUAUGGAUGAACUAAAAUUGCUCCAGCUCAAAUAUGUGGAACUCACUGGAUCCUAUGAGAAUUUUUCAGAAAAAUUAAGAUGGAUCUGCUGGAUUGGGUCCCAUUUAAGAACCAUACCUCGUGACUUAUACCUGGGAAACUUGGUUGCUUUAGAUAUGAGCUACAGCUGCUUGGAAAUAUUUGAACUGCCCAUGAUUCUUCAAUCACUAGAGGUUCUAAAUCUCAAAGACUCGCACAAUCUACGUGAGAUCCGCAACUUCUCGUUACUCCCUAAUCUUGAGACUUUGAUUCUUUGGAACUGCUUCAAUUUGUCAUAUGUAUGUGAAACCAUUGGAGGCCUCAAGAAUCUUCUUCUUUUAAACAUGAUAGGGUGUGAAAAGUUGUGCAAGAUUUCAGGGAAGAUAGCUAACUUUUCAUUGCCCGAUACAUUACAACGGUUAUUCCUCAAGGACUGCUAUAUUGAGUGUACUGAUUGUUUUUCUCUGAGAUUCAGUGCUCAGUCGUUUUUACAGUACUUAAGUUUAGGCAACAGUCUCUUCGAAUUCUUGCCUAAUUACAGUCAUCUUAAAAGUCUCAGGGUCCUUGACUUGACUUUGUGCUUCAGACUUAAACAGCUUUUAUGUCUGCCAAGUACACUUGCGGAGUUAUACGUAUAUUACUGCGUCUCUCUGGAGAAAAUAACUUUCCAAUCAUGUGAAUUCACAUUGCAAGAGUUUGGCUAUGAGGGAUGUACUAGUUUGUGUGAAAUUGAAGGCUUCAUCAAGUUGAUGCCGCUUGCCAAACUUGAUGAAGCUGAUCUGGGACAUAUGAAGUGGCUAAAAGAAUAUCAAAAUCAUGAGGUGUGCCUGGCUGGUGAUGACGAACUCACAAUAGGCAGAAGUCGGCAACUCCAGAUGUUGUAUGAAUUUAAUAUAAUGAGCACAUCUUUGCCGGACAUAAAGGAUGCAAACUUGAUGCCUAAGUAUAUAUCAGAGUCCUCAUUUCUAUCCUUUGAUCUGCCUUUGUGUCCCAAGGAUAAAAGACUCAAAGGGUUAAACAUAAGUCUUAAAUAUACAACAUUAGACGCCGAGAAUUGGGCAUGGUUUGUUAAAAUCAGUACAACCAAUGGUGUUGAUUUGAUGUACAACCCCAGAGUCUUUGGCAAACCUGCGUUUGGUGAAGUUGCUAUAUGGUUAAGCUUCUGGCCCAUUGGAAACACAUUGGAAGUCGGAGAUAAAGUUAACGUAUCUAUCGUUGUGGUGGACGGAUUAGAAGUUUUAGAGUGUGGUGCAAACCUUGUGUACACUGAUGAUGGAGUUGUGAAUGAUAUCGAAUUAGUGGAUAUUCUUGAAGGAGGUGUGUCUAGAUUUCAACUGACCACAGGAGCAUACUAUCUUUGUCGCCGUGAUUUCUUUGAAUUAGUGGAGGCUAGCAAAGGAAUUCCUGGUUGGUUUAGCGUUUUAGUUGGAGAUACCAUUGACCAUACAGAGGUACGAGGAUGGAGAAAGACCGGGAGACCUCAGCCAUCAGAUCAAUCUUUUACAGAAUUGAAAGCUAUCUGAUGCAUCAUCCAUGGUCCUGAAUCGGUAAAUGUGAUUUGUAAUUUUUCUUUUUAGGCAUGAAUUUGUUACCUGAAUCCGAUGAGAUCCACCCCAUACAUAUGCAAUUGAUAUUAGAUAAGUAGGGGAAAGUUCUUGUACAAAUAAUCUUAACAUACUAAACAUACAAAUUGAAGGAAAAGUUAAAAAGAAAA